UUUUUAUGUGUAUAAAUUAUUUGUAUUAAUAUCGUAUUGCUAUGUAUGUUAUUGCUAUAUAGGCGAAUUUUUAACAAAAUUAUUUAUUGUUCUUUGGUAAAUUACACAAACUUUUUUCGAUAUCCGAAUGUUUUAAUUUCGAUUUUGUUUGGUAAAAAACAGAUAUACAUUUUAUAAAAAUAAAAAAAAUAAUAAUUGUUAUCUUAUUGUAAAAGUUUCUGUAAAUAAUAGUAUUAAAUUCAUUUAAAAUAUAACAAGUAAUUGUAGGACACUAUAAAUAGGACAUUAAAAAUAUACAGGGCUCUUCCCGGAUUUAAAACCUUUUCAGGUUAAAAUAUUCGUUGUAUUAUUUCUAAAUAAAUGCAAUCAAUGACGUGCCUAAUAUCUGCAUUCAUGCCAAAAGGAAACCAUAACAAAUCAAAAACAAAACAAAAUUCUAUGAAAAGAUACGCUAUAUCAGCAUCAAUUCAAGACUCUGUAUGGUUAAAGAACUUUAAAUCUAUAACUGUAUUACAUAGUGUUUGUAGUGUAUUUCUUUCUUUAUUAUUAUUAGUUAUUAAUAUUUUUUUUUUAAAUUAUUUUUUUUGUGUUUGAUGGUGGGAGUUUGGGGCAAUGUCUUUUUAACAAUAUAUAUAUAUAUAUAUCUCUCUUUCUAUUUUAUAUAUAUAUAUAUAUAUAUAUAUAUAUAUAUAUGCAUUUUUAUUGACUACAUUAUAAUGGUUAUCUGGUGUUUUUUUUUUCUCAGAGUCUCAUUUUUAUUUUAAUUAACUUCUUAAAAAUGACAAAGAGAUCUAAAAACAUUACUCAGCUCAAAGAAAGUCAGAUCAGUGUAUGUGCAGCCUGCAACCAUCUCCGAGUGAUCUGCAGUUGUCGAAGAGGCGCAUUCUCAAGUUUAAUCAAGCGUACACGGCAUCAGUGGGACAUAUCUAAAGGUGUGUCAAGCUGUGGAGUUUAGUUUAUCAUUAUUAUUUAUACAAAUAAAAAUUAUUUGCUUUUAAUUCAAAAGUCAUCGCAAUUGUUAGGAAUACCGCGAAAAUGACAUGUGGUAUGUUGAUGUUCAUAAUUAAUUAGUCAAAAAUAAUGGGCGCACAAAUUUGCAUAAAUAUUGACAGUUUCUAUUGCCAUAAUAAACUAACCCACACUGUCCUAUUUUAUAGUAAACAAAGUUGUUUAAACAUAUUAUGCUUCUGUUAAAAUAACAACUGCAUUAUAAUUAAAUGCAUUAAUUAUUACUUUUUUCGGCAUAUUUAAUAAAAUUGUAUUCUAUAAUAUGUUCCCCAAACCAAACAAAGAAACCGAAUAUCAACAAUCUGUGGAUGACUUGGAGUCGGACUUGGAGGACUACCAUUUUUGCAAGAAGUACAAACACCACAAAGAUUACGUUCCAGUAUCUCGAUUCAACACAUCCCAUCUUCCAGAGGAUCUCAGACACCCACUGGUCUGUGUAUGGCUGAGAGCGUGUGCGCGCCUGGUUGUUAAACUCAAACUUCGUCAUAAUAAGGUAGCGACGGGUCGAGUCAGUUUCACUCCGUUUGACGAGGGGAAAAGUGAGAAAUGUGAUGACGUUCAUUGCGAUUAUAAGACGGUGGUCGGCGCCGUCCAUAAAGUACACGGAGGCAUUACCAUUAUCACCAAUAAGCAUGUGGUCAGUUCUGAUGACGAGGCAGCUGUUGCACGAGUACACUUCUUCUACGACAGGAAAGAACAAACUGUUCAAUUUAAAGAGCUCGGG